AUGGAGGCACAUACUAUCUCCUUGGCACAAUUCAAGGUUCUACGUCGAUCUAGAAGGAGAUGCAAUCUGUUACGUGGAAUUGCUCGUACACUACCUCGAGGCCCUCAACCUCAUGUUGCUGUCAGUAAAAGGAAAGGGGAAGCAGUACCUUUAAGAAGGAUGAAUUAUGCCGAGCUCAAAACCGACUUGUUUGGAGAAGAUGAAACAGCAGAAAACUGGAUCAUGUUGAAAAUCGUUCUACAGAGCCAAGAUGCUCAUCUAGUUGUUAGAGGAGAGCUAGAGAUCCGCAGCAAUUCCAGGGACUUGUGUGAUCUUGCUCGGGAUAAGGUUAUCAUGCUUGAAAAGAAACCAGAAAUGAUAAAGUUCUGA